CAAUUUAAUUGAAAAGUAAAUAGUAGUCGCAGUUUAUACAAAGCGCAGCACACACUACACUCUCUUGGGAUUACGUUUUUAGAACUGUCGCAGCAUUACAUUCAGCAGAGUGGAAAGUGACAUACAUCCUUUCUGAUUCGCGUGUUCCACACAAAAUCAGAUUUCUGUUCUGAAGUGAAAAUGACGACAGGGGCAGAUGUUCGAGAUAUACUGGAGCUGGGGGGUGGAGAAGUGGAUGCUGGACCAAUCAGUAAAAAAGACAUUAUCAACUCAGAUAAGAAAAAGUCCAAGAAAUCUGCAGAAACUUUGACGUUUAAAAGACCUGAGGGGAUGCACAGAGAGGUCUACGCACUACUCUACUCUGACAAAAAAGAUGCCCCCCCAUUACUGCCCAGUGACACGACUCAGGGUUAUCGGACAGUCAAAGCCAAGCUGGGCUGUAAGAAGGUGCGCCCCUGGAAAUGGAUGCCUUUCACAAACCCGGCCAGGAGGGAUGGAGCCAUAUUUUACCACUGGAGGCGCAUGGCAGAGGAAGGCAAGGAUUAUCCCUUUGCCAGGUUUAAUAAGACAGUGCAGGUGCCUGUGUACUCUGAGCAGGAGUAUCAGAUGUACCUUCCUGAUGAAGGAUGGACUAAAGCUGAAACGGAUCACCUCUUUGACCUCUGCAAGCGUUUUGAUCUGCGGUUCAUUGUCAUCCAUGACCGCUAUGACCACCAGCAGUUCAGGAAACGCUCAGUUGAAGACCUGAAGGAACGCUACUACAAUAUCUGUGCCAAACUCACCAAGAUACGUGCUCCUUCCGGAACUGACCCCAAAAUCUACGUGUUCGACGCUGGCCAUGAGAGACGGAGGAAAGAUCAGUUGGAAAGACUGUACAACCGCACACCUGAACAGGUGACAGAAGAGGAGUAUCUGAUACAGGAGUUGCGGAAGAUUGAAACCAGGAAGAAGGAGAGGGAGAAGAAAGCUCAGGAUCUGCAGAAACUCAUCACAGCCGCUGACAGCACCACUGAGAUGCGUCGGGCAGAACGCAAAGCCACCAAGAAGAAACUUCCACAAAAACGAGAAACUGAAAAACCGUCUGUUCCUGAGACCGCAGGCAUCAAGUUCCCAGACUUCAAAUCGGCAGGUGUCACUUUGCGAAGCCAAAGGAUGAAACUGCCAAGCUCUGUGGGACAGAAGAAGAUUAAAGCCAUCGAGCAGAUUCUAACAGAACAGGCAGUCGAUCUGAACCCGAUGCCAACAGAGGAGAUUGUGCAGAUGUUCAACGAGCUGCGCAGCGACCUGGUGCUGGUUUACGAGCUAAAGCAGGCCCAUGCCAACUGCGAGUACGAGCAACAGAUGCUGAGGCACCGUUACGAUGCACUGGUCAAGGCGGGCGGGGCCAGCACAGCAACCGGGGAUAGCCUUGGGGCUGAUGGACAGCUGGGGGUGGGGCCUGAUGACAUCAAGGGGGAGGGUAAAGAUCAAAUCAUCGAUGUGGUGGGGGCGCCGCUGACUCCAAAUUCGCGGAAAAGAAGAGAAUCAGCUUCCAGUUCCUCCUCCAUAAAGAAAGCCAAGAAACUGUGAUUCAGAGUUUUAUUUGGGGAGGAUCAGGCGGAUCCAGGGGCAGGAACCAGACAGGUUGUGGCUCAAGCAUUGAAACCUGUGACCCCCAGUCUUCUUGCAGCUGUGUCGGGGCACCCCAUCCACCAAGAAGAGGGCAAGGUGAGGAACACAGUGAUACCCCACUGGGGAGCCAGCUGCUGCCCCACCCGCCCGCCUGCCUCCAGUCUGAGAGGAAGAGCUGACCAGGACUCAUGACUCUGCUGAAACGGACACUGUCUGCACUUCCUGAACCGAUCAAACCAGGAGAGCAGCAGCCAAGAGACUCCGAAGCCAGAUGUGCACUGACUGACACAGCUGUCUAUUUUUUUUCCAUUCACACAAGCGUCUGGAUGAACAGUAGACAACUUGGAAGCCUAUUGCAACAUCCCUUUUUUCUUUUUUAAAACAGCAAAUUGGGUAGAUAACUAAAUGGUCAAGUUUGCAGGUGAUACAGAUAUUUGUAGCUAUUUACAUGGGCCCACCUUCUAUUACAGCAUUCCGCAUACCCUCCUGGAGCAGCUAUGGGUUUACCACAAUCUGUUGGUUCUAGAUUUAGGAUAAUAUUUGGAUGAUGUACGCAUUAUUUAACCAUAAACUAGUUUCACAACUAUUGUUGAGACCAGGAUGUGACUUUCUCAGUAUGCAAGUGUGUGGUUUAUGUAGGAUUCAGUCUGCUCCUUUGUGUCCAGACAAAAUUACUUCCUGUUAAAUAAUCUACACAUUUACUUGUUUUUUUACACCCCUUCCCUUUACCAUUGUAAAAGUAUGAUAAAAGAUUUUGCAUAUUAAUGUGUUCAUUCUUUCUCCAGCUCUGUUGUUGGAGGAACUAUCAUGUGAAGGCAUUCUUAAUCUUUGCUGUUGGAAACAAACAAAAAAAAACAUAUCUAAUUAAAUGUGCAUGGCUGUAUUUAAGGUUGUUUUUAUUUAAAAUGGCUGGAAUUUGAAUCAA